ACUGUCCGUUCGGUGUCGGGUGACGUAGUUUGUUUGGAAACUUAACGAGACACCUUGAACGGAGGUAGUAGUUUAAAUUAUUUCAUUACUUUUGUUAUUAAGGAUUACAAUAUAUUGUAACGCACGCUAUAAUAUUAUAAUGGGUAACAUUUUGACAACUGACGCUCUUCCGCCAAGGGUCUUUUGGAAACAACAGGUACCUAAAAUAUACAUAAAUAAUAAAUAUACACCUAUCAAUUAAUCAUAAUAUUUUACCACUGAGCUACCCACUUUAUACCAGUGGGGUAUUUAAGAUUUUUUCAAAGAGGUAGAUAUUGGAUUUAAAAACUGUCAUGUUAUAUACACGUGUACUUCUACCUAGACUAAAAAAAAACCCAGAUACAGUCUUGGAAAUCACCUAUAUCUACCUGAAAUUCUCCCUAAAUACGUCACUGAUAUGUCUACAUUAAACCAAAUCUUAAAUUAUAUUAAAUUAUUAAAAACAUUAUUAUUGUGUUCCGCGUUUAAUUUAUAUUAUUAUUUUACAGUCUAGAAUAAAACAGAUAAACGACUUGAUUCAUAUAGGUGAAGUCGAAUGUGAUUGGGAACAUUUCAGUUCGGCUAUUUUGUUUUUCAAAAAAGCGUUAUCAAUGUGUUUUAAUUCCGAUUCCAAGGAAUAUUCAUCAUUGAAAUCAAUAAUUUAUUAUAACAGGGCUAUUGCGUAUUUUCGUCAGGUAAGCAAUAACAAAUAUAAUUGAAUACAGAUUAUACAAAUAAUAAUUUGUAUACUGCAAGAAUUACCAUUUGUUUUAAAAUUGCACAUUAUAAUGCAUGAUUUUUAGAGCAACUAUGAAGAUUGCUUAAAAGACUGUGAGAAGGCUUUGGAAUUGGAACCCAAUCAUACACGAUCGUUUUUCCCGUCAACGGAAAUGUUGAAUAAUAGGCAGAAAUAUUUGUCAGGUAUAGCGCGUAUGGCGUUGAUAAGAGCUGAUGGUAGAUGUAAAGACCAUAGUCUCAAGUUGUUGAAGUCACAAGUCGUUAUUCAAUCGUGUAAGAUUAAAUCUAUAUUUUAAAUUGAUGUUAAAUAAUAUUAAUGAAUGUAAAUAAUUAUAACUAAAACCAAUACAAAUACAGUUUUAAUUUAGAAGAAUUACAUUUUGGAUGUACCCAGCAAAUUUAUUUUUAUUUAAAUUGAUUCUAAACCUCACCAAUUAAUUUGUAUACGAGUAAAACAUUUUAAAAACUUUAUAUAAUAUAGCCAAAUUUGUUAUUUUAUUAAAUAAUAAUCAGUAUUUUUAUUAUAAACGUCUGUGGAAAUCAAAUAAUCCAAAAUUCUAACGUUACGGGUAUUAUGUAGCUAUAUAAAAAUCCGUAGAUUAUAAAUACAUUCAUCUUUUUUCUCACUUAUAAAUUAUAAUCGUAGGUUAGUUUCACAUAUAGUUUUUUCACUUUUAUAGUCGGUGUAUAUUGUAAUAAUUUAUUUUUAGCUGGCCCAUACCUUGAAAUGUAUGACAAUAUAAACCUGAAGUUACCUUCAAAAUCGAUGAGCGAGUCAUUUAUGAACUCUUUUGCUGAUAGCCCAUUCAACGAUGAAUUUGCACAAUCGUUGCUGUACUCAAAUGAAAAGUGAGUUUAUUUUUAUAAUCUAUUGCGUAUCUUAUAUUAUUUUAUGAUUUAGUAGGUAUAACUACAUAUUAAGUACAGUUUAUGAAUUAUAAUAGUAAAACCAUUGUUUUUAAUAUUUUAUUGAUUGGUAUAAAAUAAAUACGCUCUGAUUUUUACCUAAGCUUUUACCAUACCUUUCUAAACAUUUAUAUCGUGAAUACUAUACGGUUAUCAAAAUUGUUUAGAAUGAUUAUAUAUCAAAAUAUUAAUUUCAUAUAGUCAUAUACUAUUAUAAGUUAUUUACUUAUAGAUAUUAUAUAUUACAAAACUAAAACAUGUAUUUAUAAAAGCUGGGCAUACUUAUUCACCCCGUGGGCUACAAUGUUGUAGGUAAGAAGUUUGAAAUGUAAUAUAAACAUAAUAAUCAAUCCUUGAUAAGAUACUCAUCAUUAUCUCUUAAAGUAUUAAUUUUUUUUGGAAAAUUUAUGAAAUAAACAGCUCUAAAAUCUUACAUUACCGUUAUUUUUUUUUCACGCUAAUUUUCGGGGGUAAAACCACUAUACACUUUUGAUUUUCAAAAAGCUUCCUACAUUACAAAUUCCAUAAAUGGAUAAAAUACAUUUUUGAUUUUGACAUUUUCAAUUUUCAUCAACGACGAUUGACCACUCUGUGUAGGGUAAUUUAGUUUAAUAAUAAACCAUAUGCAAACGAAAACUGAACAAUUUCUUGUGAGCUAAUUCAGUGGAUCAAUAAAGUAAUAGGUUUAAAAGAUUUAAAAAAAAGAUUUUUUGAAGUUCUGAUUUAAUACGGAUAUUAUAUGUUAUGUUAAAUAACUCUAUAUUGUCCAACGUAAUAUAUGUUUAUCGCAGUCUAUUGGUAAUACAUUCCCGUUGAGAUCUUACUGACCUGAAGAUAUUAUUAAUAACGAGUGUUAAUGAUAAGUGUGGACUGAUUUCUAUUGCGAAUGCGUAUUAUUACUCAUCGCAUAUUUAUCUUAUAAUCAUUAUACCCCCAGUCAGUGACGGUAGAUACGUUACACGUGAUUACAUGAAUUCGACCAAUUGUGCGUGAUAUAAAUUUUGUGCAUGCGCAUUUGUCCCAACUCCCCUUAGUUAUGUUUGCUUCAAAUAUUUAGUCAACAGCUCUAUCUAUAGUAUAUGAUCUAAGGGCUAACAUGACUUUAUAGAUAUGCGGUUUUAUCAAAGAGAGUAUAAUUUUAAUCACACUGAUACUCCAUGAUAAACAAGGUUUAUAGAUAAUAUUCUGUGCCUAUUUUAUUCAAUUAACAUUGUGUGAUACGUACCCAUUAUCUAUGUAUGUACUAAUAAAUCUUAAAUGGGGAAAGUGAUACUACAAAAUAGAUUAAUGGUGAUGCCACGUGGUCGCAAAAAUUAUUGUUAUGCUAUCAAGUAUCAAUGAUCAUGUAGUCUAUGAGAAUAAUUUUACUCUAAUAAAUUUACAUCAAAUAUCAAUGUAUUUUAAUACAAUGUUGACUAAUUAUUUAUAGAAUGAAACUUACUUAGAAUAUAAUCAUGAUCAAAAAAAUUGUAUUUAAGAACCACAAUUAAAUUAAAAGUAGCAAAUAAAAUUACGAGCGAUUUUGCAGAAAGUUGGUAACUUUUCUGAUUUGUUUUGUACCUCUAGAUUUUAGCGAAAUUACGCUUAUGUACACAAUUACACACGACUACAGUAGAAUUACUACAGUAGAAUUAGGCACUACCAUAAACACUUGUGACGGACACUAUACAAAUCACAACUGAAUAAAAUGAUCUAAUCUUAUUUUUAUCUACUUCACCAACGACUGAGCUAAUAAAUAUUAUACCUAGCUGGGGUGCAUUUAUCUUAUCUUAUUAUUUGAUAUUCAGUUUAUUUUCAAUCUAACGGUCGAAAAUGGUGAUAUAGAAUAUUUAUUAGUAUCUACGCUCUAAUCGCUUACAUUCCAAGCAUAUUAUUUACCAUUGCAUUUCGGCACUCAAUUUAGUUGUACCAUUUCUAGUUCGUAGCUAAAAUCAUGUCGGCUCAUAGAUUUUUAAACUCUUUGGAUUCGGCUAAAAAGAUGGCCCUUUUGAUGUGGCACAUUGUCCGCCAUUCAUUUGGAACAUAAUAUUAUUAUUUAUUUUUUUAUAUAGUUAAAAAAAAAAGCGUUAUUAAAGCGAAAUUAAAUUUUAAUAGUAAUUUCAUUACAAAAACGUUACUAUUAAAAAUGAUUAAUUAAAUUACUAAUAUUUAAUCUGCGUUAUGUUACUCUCCAGCAGAAAGUCACAAAAUUAAGUAAUUUUGAAACUUUAAAGUUUCUUUUUUCUCUAUUUAUACAACUUAUACCGUAACGUGUUGGUUUAUUAGAGAUCUUAGGAGUCAGUAGGAGUUUUGACCAAAUUUCAAAAGGGGGUGAUAUUGGUGGAUUUAUGGUUGUCUUGGAGGCAUAGCCUCCCAAUUGCCUGCCAAAUCGUCCAACUUUUUUCAGAUCACCCUAUAAAGCUUCCCCGUAUAUUUGUUAGGUUAACCACGAAUAAGGGGUGAAUUCAAAUGUCAAUCCCCACAAGUGUAUACCCCAAAUUACAGUACAAAGCACUACCAACCUAAUUUUAUUUUCGAAAACGAACAUUAUACAUUUUUAAUAUGUAAUUAAAAAAGUCUUAUUAUUAAAAUACAGAAUCGAUACUUCUUUUUUUAAGAACAUCUUUUUGUACAUUCAUGUAUUCAAAUUCAAUUAACAAUUAAAUUUUAUUUGUGGCUAAAUCUUUUAAAUAAAUUGUUAUGAGAGCCAUUAAAUCCAAUAGCGACUUAUUUUUUGAUUUAAUGAAUCGUUUCUUUAUGGCUUUCACAAUAUUAUUAAGUAAUGGAAUGUAUAAUAACCUAAGAUAGUAAUCUUCUGUAAAGUUACGUGAAGGGUUAGGUCUAUGAUUUUGUCUACAGAAAAAAAAAUCAUAAUAUUUUUCUAAUAUAUUUCGUACAUUUUCCCGUUUUUUCUCACUUUUCCCUUUUUUCGGUAAACUGCCCGGAAAAUCAAUAAAUUACCUCCCUAGACUACCACCCCAAGAAAAUUUCUUAAAUUGCCCUUUCAGAAAAGGGUCUACAUAAUAUAUAUCUGAAUAAGCUUUCUGAAAGAAUGUAUUCACAUAAAAAAAAAUAGUAAUAGGAAAUAUAUUUGUUAAACCAAUGCAUUCUUCGUUACACUUAGAAUCUAAAAUUAAUAAAAUAAAAAAUAAUCAAGCAAUAAAUCAAUCAAUAAAUAUUAUUUUUAUAUGUACCUAUUUACGUAAUGUGUAAUAAAACAAUAAGACAAAGGGAGCGAUCUCUGCCUCCCCAAAAACUGCUACUGACUUAAGUUACUCGAUUCAAUCCAUUUUUAUUAUCUAUUUGUUUUUAGUACCGGCUUAGAGGCUGCAAUGAAAUGUGUAGCAAAUGGAGAUUAUCAAGAAGCUUUAUAUAAAUGCCUCGACGAAAUAAAUAAAACAAACUCAAACAAUGUUCGUCAAAUGAUGGCCCACAAUAUUUACGGUACUAUAUGUAUCAUGGGUGAGUUGUAUGAUAUCGGGCUUUUGGAAUUCAGUAAGAUUUUAACUCUGACGUCGGAUAAAAAGGUAAAUUAUACAUAUUAACAAAUAAAUAUUAUAUUGUCGAAUAAUAGUAUAUACAGGGCAAUCACUAAACCUGCUCACCCCAUUUUUUUUUUGGUUAAAUUUUGCAUUUAUUCAAAUCCUGAUUUUCGGCAUUUUUAUGUAUAUUUAAAGCCAUUAUUUUCGAAUAUUUAGAUUUUUCAGAACAUUUAAAAUGUGAUGAUAACGACUUUGGUUUUUAAAAUAAUAACCUAUAUUUAAAAGUCCAUAAAUAGAGAGAGUAUUACUUUAAAUAAAUUUUGGUGAUAAAAUUGUUGACUUCUGUCAAUCCGUUGACGAGACAUUUCAUUUUUAAGUUUAGGUAGGGGGAGAGUAGUGUGUCACUAAUAAAACGCCUCUUGCCGUACCGCUACACAAAAUAUGUUACAAAACGUGUUCAUAGACUAGAAGAAACAAAAACUAAACAGCAUUGUAAAAUGGGAUGAGCACGCUUAGUAAAUCAUCUUAUAUAAUAUUUAAUGUUUUUUUUCUUAUUCUCUUUCAUCCCAACUAUUUGGGAUCAGCCAAUAUAUAACAUUUAAUGUACUUAUCUUGUAUAAUAUAAUAUAUAGUUAAUACAAUUUAGAUUUAACUUUUAAAACUUUUAAAAUAUAAUUUCACACCAUUUAGCUUUUGAUGAAUAUAAUAUAAUAUUUCAAAAACUACGAAAACUCAUAUAAACGGGUAUAAAGAUAGGAUAAAAAAAAACAUUAUUUAAUUGAAUGUUAAGUGUGUAAUAUUUUAUUACUUUAUUAGUAUUAUAGGAUGCAUUUCUUCGGUAUUUAAAAAAUCAUUAUUAAUUAAAACUGAAACGUGUGAUGUUAAUAUAGAUGAAAGUGGAUUCUUUAAUAAAACGUGCGUUAAUUCAUAUGAAACUAAAACAUAUUGCUAAUGCUUUUCGUGACCUACAAACCGCAAAAACAGAAGAUCCGUUGAACGGGGAUAAUCAUGUAGUUAGAGCAAAUGUACUAUAAUAUUAUAAAAUUAUAUUAUCAAUUUAUUAUAAGUAGAUAAAAUACAAUAAGAAGACAUUUUUUUUUUAGCUUUUUAUCAGACUUCAAAAUUUUGAGAAAGCAGCUAGAGAAAUGAAAAAAGCGCUUAAAAAGAAACCCAAAUUCCUUUUGUUUGAAAUAAAAUAUUUAUAUGCGGAAUAUCUCUAUGUAAAAAACAGUUUCAACCAGUUGGAAGCCAAAAAUUACAUAAAUGAGUUAAAAAAACUAGCUAUAUUAUAUGUAAAUGUUGCCGAAGUCCAGGAAUACUACGGAAGAGUAAGUAUAAUAUAUUAUACAUAUUUUUUUUAAACGUUCUGUACUUUAGGUUUUAUGUAGUAUUUUUCAAACAUAAAUAAGUAAAUAGUUAUAAAUUGCAGGCUUAACAAUUAUAAAUAACUGUCAAAAAAAAAAAAUAUUCCACGAAACUCGUUUGGGGUAGUUAAACUUCAAAACUGAUCCUAAAACUUACAUAGGUACAUCGGUUUCAAUAUAUUUUUAUAGAUUUAAAUUGUUUAUAAAAGGUAAAAUUGUAUGAAAUUGUCAACAUUCGUAAAUAUGUAAAACGCUUGAAAUACAGAACCUAUAAAUUAUAUAAAAAAAAAGUUAUAGUUUUUAGAAUUACACACGUCACUGGCAUUUUUUUUAUUACAGGCCCUAAUAGAUAAUGGUGAACAUAAGAAUGCAAUGGCAAAGUUUGAAAAUGCGAUCAAGAAUCACCCUAAGAAUACCAAUUUGCUCGUACUUUUGGGUAAAAUAAUAAUAUCUCAUUUUACUAUUCAAUCUGGUGAAGAAAAUAUAAAUACUUUGAAAUAUUUUUCAGCAAAGACACAACUGACACUUCACAAAUUUGGUGCCAUAUCGUACGAAAACGCCGAAAUCAUAAUGUGGGAUACUUUUGACAAGAUUCUAAAAGUCGAUUCAAAUUGCGAUUCCAUCUACGAAACUAUGUCGGAUUUUUAUUCACAUAAGUUAGUUUUUUUAGUGUUUUUUGUCCGACCGUUUUCUAGUGCGAUGUAUCAGUAUAUUAUAACAAUACGUUGUGCAUUAUAAUUUAAAAUAUUUAGCACGAAUAUCUGAUAGUGUAUCUCCAGUAUCAUCACUAGAAUUUCUAAUGCCCGUGGCUAAAUAUUGUAUUAAAAUCCUAAAGGCCAAAAUUGUCUUCCAAAAAUACCUUUACCUGUUCAAUAAUGCCUUGGACCUUAGUAUAGGCCACUGCUAAGAGCCCUCAUCAGUUGUGGGCUCGUGGCGUUUGCCUACCUUGCCUACCCAGUAUUUACGUCAUUGGGUAUAUCAUACCUAUACAUAUAAUAUGUAGUCAUGUAGAUAAAAGAAAAUAUAUAUAUAUUUAUAUAUGUAUACACUUAAUAAAUAUAGUGGUUUUCCUAUAGGAUAUUAUAAUACAUAUACGUCGUAUACAUUCAACAUUUUGUUGAAAAAUCAUUGGUAUACUGCUUAUACUCUCGAAUAGCCAAAAAAAUGUUUAAAAUAAAUUGGUCAUGAUAUAAUCUUAUUAUUAUGACCCUUUCAUGCCAUAUCGCUAAAACCGAAUUAUUAAUAAAAAUUGAAUUUAUUUCAGUUAUUAUUUUAACUGAAAAUUUCACAAUUUUCUUACGAUAAAAAGAUAAAAAAUUAGUUGUUACAGUAUAUAUUUUCAAAAAAAUUAAUGGAAACAUCACUCCAUACAUAUGCAUGUGAUUAUAUAUAAUUACUACAUUACAUAAUAAAAACGAAUUUCACUAGAGUUUUUAAAAAUUGUAUUACUUCUAUAAUAUAGAUACUCACUAGUUAAAUUAUAAUUAGAGAGUGGUCAACUGCCUUAUGCUUUCCUAUUGGUCAAUGUGUUGUUACUAUGUCAGCUCUAUAUCUAUAGGCAUAGAAACCCUUUUCGCACCGUACCAUAAUGUUGGCUCUCCACCGUUCUUGCUAAUUUUGGAUAACACACGGUGGCUCUCUAUAAUAGUGAGAAUGGCGGAUCUAGGGUUGGAUUUUAGGGGGACCUCCUAAAAAAAUUACUUCUAAGCUAAAUUAUGAAAUAUUAAAAUUAGGGCUGUGAAUUUGUAGGAAGUGCAUUUUUUUUAGUUGAUUGUGAAACGUAGCUUUCUAAGUACAUAAUUUGAAUUAUGUAACAACAAAUUAAUUUAUGAAACUUAUAUUUUGCAUUUUUUGACGUUUUUAAUUUUUAAGGUCAUUUUUAAAUUUUUUAAGUCAUAUUUUACUUUUUAGUUCAUUUUCUGGUAUUUUUGAUUAAAUUCCGUUAACUAACAUCUUUACAUGCUUCCUUUUUUGCUUUACACAGGCUGUAUAUACGUCAAAUUUAUAUUUUAUAAAAUAAUAUUUUACACAAGCUGUAUUAUAAAUAUUUUUAAAGAAAUUAGUUUUAUUAAAUAAAUACAGUUUUAUAUAUAUAAUAUUUAUGUUAAUAUCAGUAAAAUACCAAAAUAAAUAUUUAUGUAGAUUUAAAGGAAAAAGUCUUAAAAGUUUUAUUUUAUACUUCUUAGAUUUUUAUGUUAUUUUAAAGUCUGUUUUUUUUUUUUUUUUUAAUUUUAUUCAUUGUAUUAUGUUUUUCAGUAAUAAGCACAAUGAAGCGGCUAAUAUUCUGAAACAUUCGGUCAAUUAUAACCUCAGACAAGAACAGGGCGAAGCACGGGUGUUCAACGAUGUGUUUUAAAGUCGAUUGAACAUGUGAAGUGUAGUACAUCCAAGGACAUAUGCAAAGGUUACAUCAAGCCGGAGUAAUCGUAGAUUUUUUUGACAUCUGUAUAAUAUUUCUUUGACCAUCGUCUUGGAUUAGAUUUAAAAUUAAAUAAUAUUUACAAUGUUUAGUAGAUAGAUAAUGUCCAUCAUAUUAACAAUAUGUACUUAGUACCUAUAGAUACAAUGUGAUUUUUCAAGCAUGCCUACAUAAUACACAAGCAUAAU